AUGGACAUUUUUGGAGGGAAAAUGGACAAGAAUCCAUGGCCAAUAGAGACAACUAGUAUUGACAUAAACGACUAUGCAGAGGACUAUCUAGACAAGUGCCAGUGUCUCUUGGCCAAAAAGACUUCUAAGUCCAGAAAUGUUUGUACAUGCUUUAAAAAUAAUAAGAAGCUAUUCCAAAGCAAUGCCACAUCCUAUAUUUCUACACAUCCAAUUAGUAAAGAGCAAAGUCCUCUUGAAAGAAGGUUGAAAGGCCAUGAUCUUAAGGUGCCUGCCGGCACCACGCAAACCCAUUUCUCGUCUGCCAGGGGAUCCCAUCCGAAUAAGAAGUACCAGCUCUACAAGACAGAAAUGUGUAGAAGCCACACAGAAAUAGGGUACUGCAAGUAUGGCGAUAAGUGCCAGUUUGCACAUAGUAAGGCAGAGCUAAGGUAUGUGCAAAGACACCCAAAGUACAAGACAGAGACAUGUAAGACCUUUUGGGAGGAAGGAAGCUGCCCAUAUGGAAAGAGAUGCUGCUUUAUCCACAUUCCAAACACCGACAUGGGCAAUCUCCCGGUCCAUGAUCACCAGAAAGACAGCAAAAGAACGUAUAGGAAUUACGAGCUAGCCUUAGGAGAGAUAGACAAGCAUCCAGACGACGGGCUCAUUUGCAGCAGGAUCGAUAGGCCCAUUUCACUAGCCGAAAAAGGCUUUCUCGAGGCCGAUGAAGAGGCCACAAAAAGUACGGCAGAGGAAUGUAAUAUGUCCCAAAGCGAUUUCUUCAAUGAAAUCCAUAUCCUCAAUCGCCCUUUCUGCAAGUCCGCUACCCAGUCCUUUGUGCCUAUUAUUGAAGAUGAGUUCAGCGAUGAGGUCAUGCUGAGAAGACCUUUCUGGGAGUCUAACUAUUCUAGUGCAUGGCUAGAUGAAGAGACAUCGCUGUUCUACCUCGACAGUCCCUGUAGAAAACAGCCUAAGGGUGGGGUUUUUGCGCCUGGAGGAUCUGUAUAUAAGCCCUUCAACAAGAAGGUGUCUGAUUUUGUAUUUGGGCACUUGGGAAUGUAA